CUCCGCCCUCCGAUCACACUUCUCUCUAAUUACAUUCCCGUUUUCCUCAGAUCAUCCCCCCCUGGCCUUAAGCUCACAAUGCUCUUCUCUCCUUCACUUUUCACUCAUUAACUGCAUGUAUAUGUGUAUAUAUACAUACGUGUGUGUCAGUAUGCAUCCACGCACAUAGACGACUGUAGAGAUCAGAGAUGAAAGAGUACCUGAGAAGACCUGACGGAAUGGGGGAGACCGCGGCGGAAGCGGUGACGGAGGUCGUAGUAGGCGGGAAUCGAGUUGGUUUGAAGUCGAGAGCUCCGGAGGUUUCGCUGUGCUGCCCGUCGAGCAAACGAAGGAAGGUCAGUUCUCAAUGCGGUAAUGAUGGAGAUGAUGAGGUUGCGUCGGAUAAUUCGGUUUCUCAGGCGGCCACCACUGCGGCGGUUGUUUGUGAAGCUGUAACGUCGAAAUGUUCGAGUUGCGAAUCGAGCGAGUCCGUUAAGGAGGAUUUGAGAAGCAUAGAUCUGAAGGCGAAGAAGGAUUAUGAAGAGUUCGUAACUGACAAUUCAGGUUCUAUGAACAACGGAAUCAGUCGAGAGACUCCUCCAUCAAGCGAGCUUUGCGGAGAUUCAAUAGCAGAAAUGGAGUCCUCAUCAUCGACAGCCAAAAAGAAGUCACCGGAGGCGGAUUCUCGUCGGAAACCUGAUGCCGCGAAGACGCCAUCAGCUGCAGAGAUCGAGGAGUUCUUCUCCGCGUCGGAAAAGUACGUGCAGAAAAGAUUCGCGGAAAAGUACAACUACGAUAUUGUGAAGGAUGUGCCAUUGGAGGGGCGCUACCAGUGGGUUCGCUUGAAGCCAUAAAACUAUGGAAAAAUUGUGAUGAUGAGGCCGGGCUUGAUGUCAGUCUAAACGAUAACACGAUCCGCAUUGCUCUCCAUAUUUACCUUUCGUCUCAGAUAGUCACAGACCCACCUAAUAAUAGAACCACUCAAAUAAUACAUGGUACGGUCACACUAUAAUUGCUGGUUUUUCCUUCUUUUUUUUUCCCUUUUAUUUACGCACUGUUUUACCUGAAUUAUAAUAAGCUGCCAAGCUAGAUUAUGUAAUGCAUGUGUACAUGCAUUCCAACUCUAUCCCACUUUUACGCAAGCAAGCCUGUUGCGUGGGUUCAGAUCUUUGAUCUAAGCCUAUAAAUCAUAUUGAGAUUUGAGAAGCUUCCACUGAUUAUAAGCUGAAGUUGUGAAAAGAUUGAUUGCACUUCAAUUAUUGCUGUGAUUUGAAAGUUACGUUGAUUUUGUUGGAGUAUGGGUGCUAGUGGGUAUUAUUUUCUUCCCAAGGUUAAAUCUCCAAUUCCAAGGCCCCACCCGACAAAAUAUCAUGUAGACAUUUGUUUACUGCAAAGCAUGGAGUCUUCCUGACUUUGAAAAGUUGUUUCCAUACCGUUAAUAGUGAAACUCAAUUUCUGGUUCU